AUGAAAACAAUUCAGGAAUUCAGGCGUCCAUUUGUAAAGAGAGGCAGACCAGGCGGGUUGGGUUGGUUGCGAAGAGAAUUGGUCGUUCUUUUGGUUGGUAAGGAAGGUACGGAUGGUGAAGCAGAAGAUACCAAGGUCGGCAGGUACACUAUCCAGGGCAGCCAAGCCUGGGCCCAGACCAGUGUGCAAUGUCCAGAGCUACCCAAUGGCCAUUCAGCAGGCAGCAUUCGCGAAGGCUGCGGUCAAGACGGUACUUGCACUACACUGCACUACUGCAUUGUACUGCACCCUAUCGUAUCGCGCACCAAGGCACAUCAGGCGGGACGGCAUUGGCAUUCCAUGCCUAUCAGUCGGCUGCUGCACGAGAAUGGAGCGUCGACCUGCGACUUGGCACCCUACACCUACGCUGCCACCUGCAGUGCCUUGCCACUUUACCCUAUGCCAUCGGCUUCCAUGACCUGGCCAAGGCGAGAACUACAUACUCGGCAUGCCGAGGCACGCUUGCUCGACCAUGCCCUGUUCUGGGUCGACUCUUCUUACCUCAGACCGGCGGGCCUGAAUCUAUUUUUCGAUACCAAGGAUGCUGAGGUGGCUCGCUCGGUGGAUCUCUCCAAGGCGGUUCCUCGGAGGGCUGUCGAUGGCAGGCUGUUACAGCACCACACCGGUGAUUGGAAACUGAAGACUGGAGACUGGAGACUGGAGACUGGGGAUUGGAUUGGAUUCAAUAUUACCGGGGGGCCCACGGGCUUCCUGUGCAUCGGAUCAAACACGGUGAGCGUGGAAAAGCCUCGCUACAGUGUCGGCAACCCGGAAGCUGGCUGUCAGCGGUCAAACCACGGAGAGUCUCCGACGAUAAUAGCCCCUAAGGGCCGACAGGGCCGUGUAAUAGCGCUCAUCGGCUGCUUUACGGCGCGAAGCAGAAAGGGUGCCUUCUACCAUCCGAUACCACCCACCCUCGCCUGGCUCGGCACCUGUUGGGCGAUCGGAUCCGGUAAUUUACGUCUGUACGUUGCGUUAUGCCUGACACAGUACCUACGUCGAAUCGUAGUCCUCAGCGAACGCGUCUGUUGCCUCCUUCCAGAGACCGAUCACAGAAUGUUAAUUGUCAGCGGCACAUGCGCCUACGAAACAAACGCCAGCCGUUAUCCUGUCACUGCCAGGAACAGCAUGAUACCCGAGCGCCACAUCCUUGUUGGCUGUUGUUUGGCCGGAAAUUCUCGAUGCUCGAGUCGGAAGCAUCUGUUUAGACAGCCUUCAAGUCAAAGUCAAAGAGACUUCAAAGAGCAUCAUCCAGCCAAACUCUGCGUCAAACUCCCAACCUCGCAGCUCAACGCUAAUCGAAUACCCGCUUCAUGUCAUCGUCGUCUUCGUCUUUGCCGUCGUCUUGGGCUUAGCCUGCUGUCCAGUCUGUCGUCUCUCAAUUUCGGACUGGCUGAGGAGGAUGUCAAUUCGCACAACUACGUCCCUCAAGCCCCUAUUCUGUUCCCCAAAUGUAGCAAGUAUGGAGAAGCGCUUCAGCAUCCCCGGUUGUUGAUGGAUCGCCAUUUGACGGUCACUAUCGCGACUAGCCAGGGGCUCCUAGCUCUGAAAAGAAACGGCCCUAAUCUGGACCCUGCGCAGCGCCGAUACCUGUCGCAUUGACAUCGAACAAUAGAGUACCGGUACGUACCGAGUUAUGGUCGUCCUCGGAACUCAUUUCUCACAUGGUUCCAACAAUUUCGUCAAUUCGUCCCCCGGUGCCCUGCAUUGCGGUCACCUGCUGUCGGUGCCAGCAGAAGCACAUGCUCCGAACCGCGUGACUUGGCUGGAGCCUGUCACGC